UGCUCAAAGUCUCUGGUCUCACAGCAGGAGCACACACACGGCUGCAGACAUGAUGCACGUUGCUUUUCUCCUCCUGAUCGUCUUCACAGGCGGGUCCUCCUCUGAGAAAGUGUGCAGUUACCAGGAUGUAGUGGACUACCUGAACCUGACCACCAAUAGCGGCGUGUAUAAACUGACCCGGCCCGUGCUGAACUACAAACACCCCACCGUGGUGCAGCUGGACGUCAUCCUCUACGCCAUCCUGGCUGUGAUUGAGAAAACACAAACUUUUAUUCCUUUCGUCUGGGCAACAAUGACGUGGAACAAUGAACGCAUCAAAUGGGACCCCGAUCAGUUUUGUGGAAUAAAUUCGAUUUCAGUUCCAAGAGAAAUGCUCUGGACGCCAGACCUGUUCAUCUAUGAGAUGAUACAGAAGGAUGACUCCCCUCUGAAUCCGUACCUGCACGUGUUGAACGACGGGACAGUCACCUCUGAAGAGGACCUGAGGGUGGUCAGCACCUGCAGGAUGGACGUCCAUAAGUUCCCCUUCGACACACAGAAGUGCAACAUCUCCAUUGGGUCUGCGAUACACUGCGUUGAUGAGCUCCGUAUCCUCCCUUUCUCCGACGCGUCUCGAGCCACCCAGUUUUCCCGAGAGGUGAUAAAGUCUCAGGGGGAGUGGGAGUUCCUCCAUCUGUCCAUCUCCAGCAACAACUUCACCUUCGGCAAUAGACAGUGGGAACAGCUCAUAUACACUUUCUCCAUGAAGAGGAGGCCCCUCCUCCAUGUCAUCAACUUCCUGUUACCCAUCCUGUUCUUCCUGAGUCUGGACAUCGCCUCCUUCUUCAUAGCAGACCAUCGAGGAGAGAAGCUGGGCUUCAAAGUGACCGUGCUGCUGGCCAUCUCCGUCCUGCUGCUCAUCCUGAAUGACAUCCUUCCCUCCAUGUCCGACAAGACUCCUCUCAUAUCGACCUACUGCAUUGUGAUUUUUGCUAUGAUGCUGCUCAGCCUGCUGGAGACGAUUUUGGUAACGUAUCUCAUGGAGAAAGACUCUGCUUCCCACGAGAAGCUCAGGCUGAAGAACAACUUGGAGGAACAACAGGAGAAAGUCAAUAACUGUAACACAGAGGAGAAAAGAGAAAACUGCUGUCCAUGCAUCUGCAAAGUGUCUGACAGUGAGAAACAACAUGAGCUGCUGCCGGUGGCUGAAGUGGUUAACAACAGCAUUCAGUGGCGAGAGUCUCACGUGUUGCUGCUGAUCCUGGAGGAGCUGAAGGAGCUGCAGCUCACUCUGAAUCUACACCUGAACUGCAGACACCAAGCAGGGAAGUGCAGCCAAUGGGCGGCAAGAAUCAACAAAGCUUUCUUCAUUUUCUAUCUCACCGCUGUGUCACUGUUUCUAGCCCUCAUCUUCAUCGAGUGGAACACACAUGGAAAAUAAUACUUUGUAAUACCAUAGGUUUCUGUGUUUUACCCUUAUUUCCACAAUUGUCGUGCUCUUAUAAAAUCACACAUUGUGUAUUUAUAGUAUCGCUUUGUCAAAUCUAUUUUAUGUAGUUCAAAUUAGAUGACUUUUCCCACUUUGAAAGUAAAGUUACAUAAUUCUGUAAAUGUGUCUUGCAAAGAAUUAUACUGUUGUUAAAAGCUUAAUACAUGUUUACCAGUUGCCCAUGUUUAAGGCAUGGACUUUGAAUAGGGCUGUGAAAGUAAAAUCUACAUUUUUGAAUUUCGAUUCGAACAAUGGCUGCUUUAAACCUUCUGGAAUCAUAAGCUGUGUCUCAAUUUGGAUACAUUUAUAACUUGCUUCAUUCACUGGUAGCUCAUUAUAAAUGCACCAUCAUAGUGCACUGCAUUUUGCCAGCAAAUGUCAGUACAUACAGUAUAUGUGCAAAUUGAGACUCAGCAUUGGACAAUGAAAUAUCAAUUUGUAAGCUACAAUGGAUGUUUAUUAGGACCUGUAAAUGUCUUAAAAUGGAAAGAAUAAAGUAAUUGAAUGUGAAUCCACA